AUGGCGGGCGAAGCGGGCAUGAAGUUACACUACGUAGGGCCGCCUGGAAUAGCCCUGCUGCGAGCCACAGUUUGGGAGCAGCGGUUUGCCUACGGGGACUCUUUGCUGCCUCUUCUCCUUGGCUUGAGUGCAGGCAUCUGCGUUAGCGGCUCCGGUCUCAACUUGCAAACGAAUAAGCCGAUCAAGGACCGCGAACGCACCGACCCUGGGACCUGCAGGCUGCGCGUGGCUGGAGGGGUGGGCGGACCCUACCCGCCACCCCGGGCCCUCUCGCCCCGGAAACCGCCGGGAGUCGUGCUGGGGGUGGGGAUUGCUGUCACCGAACCGCGACGAGCUCGGGCGCAGCAGGCUCGGGAUCGAGGGGGCCGAAGCGGAGGCGGCGCCUGCCGGGGACUCUGCAGGGACCAGGGUGCCCCGGAGGGAGUGGUGGUGGUGGAGGAGGCGGUGGCUGAGGGGGAGGAGCCGCCGCCGCACGCCCUGGCCGCCCACCCCCUGCCCUCCUCGCAUUCGCCACACCCCCUCUUCGCCUCGCAGCAGCGGGACCCGUCCACCUUCUACCCCUGGCUCAUCCACCGCUACCGAUAUCUGGGUCAUCGCUUCCAAGGGAACGACACAAGCCCAGAGAGUUUCCUUUUGCACAACGCGCUGGCCCGAAAGCCGAAGCGGAUCCGAACCGCCUUCUCGCCGUCCCAGCUUCUAAGGCUGGAACACGCCUUUGAGAAGAAUCACUACGUGGUGGGCGCUGAAAGGAAGCAGCUGGCGCACAGCCUCAGCCUCACGGAAACUCAGGUAAAAGUAUGGUUUCAGAACCGAAGGACGAAGUUCAAAAGGCAGAAGCUGGAGGAAGAAGGCUCAGAUUCGCAACAAAAGAAAAAAGGGACACACCAUAUUAACCGGUGGAGAAUCGCCACCAAGCAGGCGAGUCCGGAGGAAAUAGACGUGACCUCAGACGAUUAAAAACACAAACCUAACCCCACAGAAACGGACAAGACGGAGCAAAACAGACAAGGAGAGGAGGGGAAGAAGAAAAAAAUCCUACAAAACAGAAACAAACCGCACACACAUUCACCGAAAGGGAGGAGGAAUCAGAGGGAGCAAUGGCUCGCGUCGCAGACUUUGGGCAGCGAGGGCUCAGACUCCCAAUCCGAGGCCGCGUCGAGGUGGCAGAGGACGGAGGCUCCUUCAUCAACGUGCAACCCACGUCUAAAGAGGCAGCUGAGUGAGUGAGUGAGAGAGACAGAGAGGAAGAGAGAGAGGAAGGGGGGUGAGAGAGAGAGAGAGAGAUCUGAAUGUGGCAAAGCUGAGCGCAAGCUCUGACAGGGGGAACUGUCAGUCAAACGCCAAGCCAGCCAGAGGAGAUGAUUGGCAGGUAUUCUGUUUAUCACAGUCCACCUAAAAGAUAAUGAUAAUGAUAAAAAGAAAAAAGAAAUAAAAACCCAACCAGGCACAGGACUUUUUAUUUUGCACUUCGCAGUGUUUCCCCCCAAUCUUUAAAAAUAAUUAGUAAUAAGCAAAAUUCCAUAUCUAGCCCCACCCUACACCUGUUUCAAAAACUUGAAUUGCAUGUAGCAGUUGUUGGGUGAAUGGUGUCUAAAGACAGAAAAGGAAUUGUAAUUUUCCUUUCCUUUUAAAGACAGGUUCUGUGUGCUUUCUAUUUUGAUUUUUUUUUUCUGAAAUGUGCAGAAAAAAUGUGCAGUCUGUAAACACUUUUUGAUACCUUCUAAUGUCAGUGAUUGUGAAAGCUAAAUGAAGUAGGCUCAGCAAUAGUGGUCCUCUUACAGAGAAAUGGGGAGCAGGACGGGGGGCUGGGGGUGGCGAGGGAGGGUGCCCACAAGGAGAGUCAGGACUUGUACUGGAAAAAAAGCCCUAAAUUAAUUAUAUUUCUUGGACAUUCCCUUUCCUAAUAUUUUGAGGCUUAAAACCACGAGGUAAACGUCUCCUUUUAGUGGUUGGAGAAAUUGGCUGAGUUCAACCACUCACCGUAAUGGCCAUUCCAAACUUUAAAUCUAUCUAUUGCAAAAACUGAAGGACUGUAGUUAGCAGGGAUGAUGUUAAGUGUGGCCAAGGACGCGACGGCAAGUUUUCAAGCACUGAGUUUCUAUUCCAAGAUCAUAGACUUACUAAAGAGAGUGACAAAUGCUUCCUUAAUGUCUUCUAUACCAGAAUGUAAAUAUUUUUGUGUUUUGUGUUAAUUUGUUAGAAUUCUAACACACUAUAUACUUCCAAGAAGUAUGUCAAUGUCAAUAUUUUGUCAAUAAAGAUUUAUCAAUAUGCCCUCAGA